AUGCGUUUCUCCGUUGCUUCCGCUCUGGCCAUGGCCAGCACCGUCUCCGGCCACGCCCUCAUGUACGGCGUCUGGGUCAACGGCGAGGACCAGGGUGAUGGUCAGAACGUCUACAUCCGAUCUCCCGCCAACAACAGCCCCGUCAAGGACCUGACCAGCCCCGACAUUGUCUGCAACGUCAACGGUGGCAAGGCUGCCCCCAAGUUCGUCUCUGCCGCCGCUGGUGACACCCUCACCUUCGAGUGGUACCACAACACCCGCAGCGACGAUAUCAUCGACGGCUCCCACAAGGGUCCCAUCAUCACUUACAUUGCCCCCUACACCGAGACCGACGGUACUGGUGCCAUCUGGACCAAGAUCCAGGAGGAUGGCCUCACCGGCUCUCAGUGGGCUGUUGACAAGCUCAUCGCCAACAAGGGCAAGAUCGACUUCGACCUUCCCUCCGGCCUUAAGGCUGGCAAGUACCUGAUCCGCCAGGAGAUCAUUGCCCACCACGAGUCCGAUGCCACCUACGACCAGAACCCUGCUCGUGGUGCUCAGUUCUACCCCUCUUGCGUCCAGGUCGAGGUUACUGGCUCUGGCAGCGCCGUCCCCGAUGAGGCCUUUGACUUCAACACUGGCUACAAGUACACCGACAAGGGUAUCCACUUCAACCUCUACGGUGGCUCCUCCACCUACGAGAUCCCCGGACCUGCUGUCUGGUCCGGCACCAGCUCCGGCUCCGGCUCCGGCAGCGGCUCUGGCUCUUCCCCCUCUGCCCCUGCUGCUACCACUGCCGCCCCUGUUGCCUCUGCUCCCGCUGCCACCCAGCCCGCCGCUGGUGGCAACGACGACAGCCCUGCCACCCAGGCUCCUGCUCCCACCCCUACCUUCUCCACCGUUGUCCGCCCUGAGUCUCCCUCUGCCACCCAGGCUCAGCCCGCUCCCGUCAGCACCAGCGGCCCCAAGACCGGCUGCGGUUCUCGCCGCCGCCGCCGCUCCGCCAGGAAGGUCGCCAAGCGCAACGUCCUGUAA